AUGCACUACCUCCUUCCUACUGCUGCAGCUGUGACCUCGCUGUUCGGCCCGGCUGUUGCAGUGACAACAAACAGAUUCAGUGUUCAUACCUCAAGUGGUACUUUGAUCGGCCAUCCAUCGUCUAACAGGACUUAUGUGACCGAAUUUCUCGGUAUCCGAUACGCGGAGGCGCCCGUGGGCGAGCUGAGGUUUGCAGCGCCGAAGAAGUACCAUGCGCCUGCAGGAACCGUCUUUGAGGCAUCCAAUUGGGUAAGUGGUAAGAAGAUUAGGGUAGUUUCCAAAUUUGCUAACAGAUCUAGUCAUCUCAAACCGCCAGUAUCUGCAUUUCCAAACUUUACAGAGCCAUCUGGUCUUCGCGUAUGGAAGAACUUUGCAGCCCAGAACAACAAUUCGGUAUCCGAAGAUUGUCUGAAGCUCAAUGUUUGGACCACGGAUACUGGCGAAUCCGACGCUAAAAAGCCAGUGCUUGUCUUUCUCCACGGAGGCCGCUUUCAGAUUCCAGGUCCUCAUAGCCCCUUCUACAACGGUCAAUAUCUUGCCGACGCUGAGGAUGUGGUGGUUGUAACGCUCAACUACCGUCUCGGCAUCUUUGGCUUCCCUGGUGCUCCUGGCAUCGAGAAGAAUGCAGCGCUCCGUGAUCAUCGUACCGCAGUGGAGUGGGUCCGCGAUAACAUCGCUGGUUUUGGAGGAGAUGCUUCGCGCAUUGUCAUCUAUGGACAAAGUGCGGGCGCUGCCGCUGUCGAUUAUUGGGCAUAUGCCUGGAAAAAUGAUCCAGUCGUUUCUGGACUUAUAUCCAUGUCAGGAACCUCGCUGAGUUUCAUUCCCAACACAGCCAAGUAUUCGCAGUCCAUAUGGUACAACGUUUCCCAGACCAUAGGCUGUGGUGGUGCUGAAGACGAUCCUGGUGCAAUAAUUGCAUGCGUUCGAGCUGCAAAUAUGUCCGCCCUUUUAGCGGCAUCAGCAAAGGUCCCAGGACUGCCCAGUGGAGCUUUGACACAAGCGACAUUCCACCCCACCGUAGACAAUAUCACGGUCUUUGCCGAUUACGAGAAACUUUCCGAGUCGGGCUCUUUUGCGAAGAUCCCAUUCUUAUCCGGCAAUGCUGACCACGAGGACGGGUGGUAUCGUAUUUCUGGAUGGGCCACCAAGCUGAACUUCACCAACACUCAGUGGGAACUUUUCACCCAGCGCGCCUUCACUUGCCCGACUGCACAUUCAGUAGGCUACAGAGUCAAGCACGAAGUGCCUACUUGGCGGUAUAGAUACCACGGCGAAUGGGACAACCUCCUUCUUUACAACAGUAGCGCAGGCCUCGGCCCUCGAGGAAGCGCAGCGUACCAUGGAUCUGAUCUGGGCUUGGUCUUUGGCACCGCCCAGGACAUCUCUGGUCUGCCAAACAGCCCUGCUGAAAAUAAGUACAUGAAGUACAUUCAGGGCGCGUGGGCUGCAUUUGCUCGAGACUCGCAAAAGGGUUUGACGCAGUAUGGAUGGCCAGAGUACAAGUCAGGCAACGCCACAUUGGUCGAGCUGGCCUACAACAACAACCUUCCAACCCAGUUUGUUGACCCAUGGAUUUAUGACAAGCCGUGUCCUGUCAGGAACGACCCUCUGCCAGGGCGAGGUGCCUUUUAG